AUGAGCUGCGGCGACAAUGGCAUGAGCUGUGUUCCUGGUGGCAUGAAUUGCGAGACCAUGGACGACAGCUACCAGAAGCGACAACUCUCGCAGCGCCUCCAGACAAUAUGCACCACACCCACGGAUGGCAACAACUGCUUCCCUUUCGCCAUCAACUGUCGGUUCAGCAAAACAUUUUUUGGACUGCCCAAGAAAUGCGGCUACUGCAAGAAAAUCGUAGUCGGCAUUGGAUUUGGAUGUCAAAACUGUUCGUUCAGGUGCCACAAGCGAUGCGUGCUCAUUGGCAGAAAUCCGCCGUGUUUCAGGCCAAAGUUGUGUUCCUUGUCCCGCCUGCCGGCUGAAGAUGACGAACUUUUUGGAAAACUGUUGAAGGAAAACGAAAUUAACUCAAAUGAUGUAGACGUGUUCUUGGACUGCGUUGAAGACGACAAUUUCAUUGAAAGAAACACUUUCGACAUCGUCGGCUCUUCCAGAAGCAACUCCAAUGGUACCAGUACCACUUCUUGGUCCUCGUAUUCACCGAUGGCAACCCCGACCCCGGAACAGACAAGCCCAAAGGAAUGGCACAGAAGCGACCGCCUCAGACAUUUGGACCUCGCGAUUUGUUCACCUUUCGAAUCCUCAGGCAGAAACAAGGGAGUCAACAGCACUGAAGAAAAUAAUUGCAGUCCUCAAAGUGAAAAAGUGAUUCCUCAAAUUGGUGACUCAAAUCGUUCAGAACAUGGCGACGACACCAAACUGCGUGAUCUGGUAUUCACGUGGCCCUUACUUGACGUGGCCGGUAAGUUUUAUCGAUUUAAAAUUGAAACGAUGGUUCUAAAUUAUUUGCAUUUCAUACAUAGCGAAGUUGCUGAACGAUUAACAGAAGCUUAGAA